AUCGCUGCAUCGAACCCUAACCCCGCAACCCGCAAGUCGAAUCUACAAAACCCCAUUCGAGCGUGACCGAAGGGCUCCUCCGCCUCGAACUCUCUCGCGCUUUGCCUCCACCCACCUCGCCGCCGCAGCCAUGGCGAUCACGCCCGACAUCUUCGGCGAGCGCCAGUCCGGCCAGGACGUCCGCACGCAGAACGUGAUGGCGUGCGGGGCAGUGGCCAACAUCGUCAAAUCCUCGCUCGGUCCCGUCGGGCUCGACAAGAUGCUAGUGGAUGACAUUGGUGAUGUUACAAUAACUAAUGAUGGAGCAACCAUACUGAGGAUGUUGGAAGUCGAGCACCCAGCUGCCAAGGUUCUUGUUGAGUUGGCUGAGCUCCAAGACCGUGAGGUAGGAGAUGGAACAACUUCAGUUGUCAUCAUAGCAGCAGAGUUGCUCAAGAGAGGCAACGAUCUUGUGAAAAAUAAGAUCCAUCCGACCUCUAUAAUCAGUGGCUACAGGCUUGCUAUGCGUGAAGCCUGCAAAUAUGUGGAGGAAAAGUUGUCAGUCAAGGUUGAUAGACUUGGAAAAGACUCCCUUAUCAACUGUGCAAAAACUAGCAUGUCAUCGAAAUUGAUUAAUAGUGACAGUGAUUUCUUUGCUACUAUGGUCGUUGAUGCGGUUCAAGCUGUGAAGACUACAAAUGCCAAGGGGGAAGUGAAGUAUCCAAUCAAGAGCAUCAAUAUUUUGAAAGCUCAUGGUAAAAGUCAGAAGGAUAGUUAUCUGCUGAAUGGGUACGCAUUAAACACAGGCCGUGCAGCUCAAGGAAUGCCUACAAAAGUAACUCCUGCUAGAAUUGCUUGUCUUGAUUUUAACCUUCAGAAGACAAAAAUGCAACUUGGUGUCCAAGUUCUUGUAACUGAUCCAAGGGAACUUGAGAAGAUUCGUCAAAGAGAAUCUGACAUAACAAAGGAGCGAAUUGAGAAAAUUCUCAAGGCUGGAGCUAAUGUUGUGUUGACCACCAAGGGAAUUGAUGAUAUGUCCUUGAAGUACUUUGUCGAGGCUGGAGCAAUUGCAGUAAGGCGUGUGCGCAAGGAAGAUUUGCGUCAUGUUGCCAAAGCCACCGGUGCAACUAUGAUUACUACUUUUGCGGACAUGGAAGGCGAAGAAACAUUUGAUUCAUCAUUCCUUGGACAUGCGGAUGAAGUUGUGGAGGAAAGAAUUGCAGAUGAUGAUGUUAUCCUGGUGAAAGGCACGAAGAACACCAGCGCGGUGUCCAUAAUACUUAGAGGUGCAAAUGAUUUCAUGCUUGAUGAGAUUGACCGGUCCUUGCAUGAUGCCUUAUGCAUUGUGAAGAGAACCCUGGAGUCAAAUAUGGUUGUUGCUGGCGGUGGUGCAGUUGAAGCUGCAUUGUCAGUUUACUUGGAGAACCUUGCAACAACCCUGGGAUCUAGGGAACAGUUGGCAAUUGCUGAAUUUGCUGAAUCUUUGUUGAUCAUACCCAAGGUACUCUCUGUUAAUGCUGCAAAAGAUGCAACUGAGCUUGUAGCAAAACUUAGAGCAUAUCAUCAUACUUCACAAACAAAGGCUGAUAAGCAACAUUUCUCAAGCAUGGGACUUGACCUCUCGAAAGGUAUCAUUCGCAACAACCUCGAGUAUGGUGUGAUUGAACCCGCGAUGAGCAAAGUAAAGAUUAUUCAGUUUGCCACUGAGGCAGCCAUCACUAUCCUGAGGAUUGACGACAUGAUCAAGCUUACCAAGGAAGAGGGUAACGAAGAGGAGUAACCAGCUCACCAGUAGGGGUAGAGGACUGUUGUGUGAUGGUUGUGAUAGCAUGUAAUAUUUGUCUUUAAUUUUUUUGCUAGCUGUGGACAUUUUAGUAGGGUGUUGUACGAGAACUGCAAGUGGAUCUGUAUCCUAGUGAGUUGACGUUAUUUGGAAGGAUGGCUCACGAAUGAAUCAAAUUUUUGUGUACUGUUGGGGCCAAAAA